AUGCCUGCUCCGCCGUUUGCUCAGCAAGCUAUUCGUGCUGCGUCCUCCGCCGUGUCUACGGCUACAUCCUCAUCUUCUGCCGUUGCAACAACUGCAGCUGUUGCCGCUGCUGCCGGGUAUGCAUCUACACAGUACCUGCGCAAACACCGUCGCAACUCCGUCAAGGCCCAAUCGGUGCGCUCCGCCUCUACCAUGUCCUCUGCAGGCUCUGUUUCUUCCUCGAGUUCAUUUUCACCUACUCCCUCCGAGUUUGGCUUUCUACCCAGCAUUUCUCAAGCUUCUACUCACUUGACAUCAACCUCAGUUCUUGGGUUCAAAGAUUCUCAGGCGUCUUCCUCCGGUGUCUCUACAUCCUUUUCAUCCUCCUUGAAUAAUAGCACUACAUAUCUCAAGAAUCAACAAUCAGCCACUCCCUCGCAAAGAGGUAGUACACUCCCUAGAGUCUUUUUCCCCAGAGCUUUGCCAAAAUACCCCUUCCCCACUAUUCCUCGUCCCCGCAGAAACUUUUUGUACUACAAUCCUGUUUCUACACUAAAGAGAGGCUUGUCUACUUUUAGACGUCUCCCCACUAAAUCUUUGUCGCUUCGCGGCAUUCGUUUUCAAUUCCCUGCCAGACUUCGCCGGUACGCUGGUCGCAGAGAAUACAGCACUGCUCCUCAGCAGGACGGCACUGCAGGCGGAGCCGGCCAAAGCCGGAGAUCGCGUGCCAAGCGGGUUCUUUGGAAUAUUUGGACUCUCCCUGCUCUGACAACUGUGAUUUUGUGGUCUGCUCUUCGUCACAAGAAGCCUGAAGAAGAAGAAGUGGCUGGUAAAGCCCCUGAACCUACUGGAAAACCUGCUCAACCUUGGAAAGUCGCUGCUUACAAUACACUGCCGCUCAAGGCGAUUUCUCGUCUUUGGGGUCGAUUCAAUGACAUUGACUUACCUACUUGGAUGCGUGAACCUGGAUACAAGCUCUACUCGUACAUUUUUGGCGUGAAUCUUGAUGAGGUAGCAGAGCAGGACUUGAAGACAUAUCAUAAUCUUGGUGAAUUCUUUUAUCGUGAACUCAAACCAGGAUCUCGUCCAAUUGACCCUGUGGCUCCUUUGGUUUCCCCCGCUGAUGGUAAGGUUCUUCAUCUUGGUGUCAUUACCGAUGGCCAGGUCGAACAAGUCAAGGGUAUCACCUAUUCCCUGGAUGCUCUACUAGGGUCUGGUGGUCAUGCCAACCACGCUGCUCCCUCGCGUACCAUUACAGACUUUGACGAGUACAAGCGCUUUUCGCCCUCUGAGAUUAUGGAACGUCAUGAGGAGUUUGCACGCCUCAAUGGCAUUUCAUAUACGGUCGAUGAUCUCCUUGGUAAGGAUGAGCAUGCCGGUAAAGACCCUCUUUUGAAAGAUGAAGGUGAUGUUACUGUUGCUGGUGGCUUGAAGAAUGCUGAUGGUGAAACUUCUACCUCGCAACAGGAAGCCUCCACCAAGGUUGCCAAGGCCUUGUAUGCGCCACCCUACAACUUGCCCUCUGAGAAUGAAUUGUUUUUUGCUGUGAUUUACCUUGCACCUGGAGACUACCACCGAUUCCACUCGCCGACUAACUGGGUUACUGAAUUGCGCCGCCACUUUGUGGGUGAGCUCUACAGUGUUGCGCCAUACUUUCAAACACGUCUGAGCAAUUUGUUUGUGUUGAAUGAGCGUGUUGCUUUACUGGGGAAGUGGAAGUAUGGAUUUUUCUCCAUGACACCAGUUGGCGCAACCAAUGUUGGGUCUAUUAAACUGCACUUUGACAAGAAGCUGGCUACAAACACUGUGUACGAGACUGGGCUUGAGGAAGAUAAAGAAGAUGUUGAUGACAAUGCUUCCUCUUCUUCUUCCUCAUCCUCUUCCUCUUCCUCUUCUCCCUUGAUUUCUUCGGCAAUGCGUAAUAACAAGCGGGUGAAGAAGGCGACAUGCUACGAGGCUACAUAUGCUAAGGCAUCGCCACUGCUGGGUGGGUACCCGUUGCUCAAGGGCCAGCAGAUGGGCGGGUUCAAUUUGGGCUCGACUGUUGUUCUUGUGUUUGAAGCACCCAAGAAUUUUGAGUUUGAUGUGAAGCGUGGACAGAAGGUUAAGGUUGGUCAGCCUCUUGGACAUUUUCAGGAGUAA